CCGCGCGCACGGCACGCGCACGCGCACGCUCUCCCUUCUGGGCUGGCCCUGUUUCGCGGAUCCGCUCGCGCUCCUGGCACUGCGCCAGCCCCACCGGUCGGCCUUGAGCCCCUGGCCCGGGCCAAUGACGUCACCGCCCGUUUCCGGUUGCCCGGCAACAGAGAGCGCAGCGGCGGGGAGCAUUCCCCUCCCCCCCGCUCUAGGCCUCGCCCCCUUCGGCUCCGCUUCCGGGGAGGCCUAGGCCGGUAGCGGAAGUGGACCUGGCUGGGCGGGGCGGCGGGGGCGGGCCGUGGGCGCUGUUCCUCCUGGGAGGCGGAGGGGACCGGACGGAAGACGCCGGACGCGGGGCAGGCGCGAGACCCGCCCGACCGGUGGGGGCGUGAGACCGCAGAUCUCGGGGGAGGCCGGGGACGCCGCGAAUCUCCGGUCCCCCGUCCCCGCGGCUGACCGCAGCGCCCUGCCCAGGGCCACUCUGCAGAGGCCUCGCCGGGGAGCACGGGCCGGGCACGGGGCCACCAUGUCCAACCCCUUCCUGAAGCAAGUUUUCAACAAGGACAAGACUUUCCGGCCCAAGCGCAAGUUCGAGCCGGGCACCCAGCGGUUCGAGCUGCACAAGAAGGCGCAGGCGUCGCUGAACGCGGGGCUCGACCUGAAGCUGGCCGUGCAGCUGCCCCCCGGCGAGGAGCUCAGCGACUGGGUGGCCGUGCACGUGGUGGACUUCUUCAACCGCGUCAACCUCAUCUACGGCACCAUCGGCGACGAGUGCACGGAGCAGUCCUGCCCGGUCAUGUCCGGCGGCCCCAAGUACGAGUACCGCUGGCAAGACGAGCACCAGUUCCGCAAGCCCACGGCGCUGUCGGCCCCCCGCUACAUGGACCUGCUCAUGGACUGGAUCGAGGUGCAGAUCAACAACGAGGAGCUCUUUCCCACCCACGUUGGCACGCCGUUCCCCAAGAACUUCCUGCAAGUGGUGAGGAAGAUCCUGUCGCGACUGUUCCGCGUGUUCGUGCACGUCUACAUCCACCACUUCGACCGCAUCGCGCAGAUGGGCUCCGAGGCGCACGUCAACACCUGCUACAAGCACUUCUACUACUUCGUCAAGGAGUUCGGCCUCAUCGACACCAAGGAGCUCGAGCCGCUGCUUCGUGCCUCGAUACCCUCAUCAUUGCUCCCGUAUCGAUGCUUCCAGUUCUUUCUGGGGCCAGCGAGACUUCCCCAGGCUGUGUGUAAAGGACGUGGGCUGGUGCUGAUCUGCCCGCUGCUCCUGCACACCGAGGCUCCCGGGGUCUUGCCGUCGUGCAGAACGUGGCAAGAUGUCUUCGUGCCUUAGCGUUUACGCGUUGCCGCAGCCGCUCUCCCUCGACAACGCUGCCUUUUUGGCCCUUCACAGAAUGGCUUGGGCCCCCCCCCCCCGCCCCCACCACCCGGUUAUCUGUUCCGUUGUUCGUAAGGUUUGGCGAGAAAUGAAGCCUGCGGGUCCCUUGAGACCGGAUCUGCUUUUCUGGGGUGUGGUUUCUGUCCUUCUCGUCUCGAUACCUGACGUCCCGCUCGUUCUUAACAGAAAGAAAUGACCGCACGGAUGUGCCACUGAGCGCCGCUCGGCCCUGCGGCCACCGAGGCAGUGCCCAGGGGACACUCUAGCCUGAGGGCCACGUCUCCGGAACAUGGGCCCAUGCUUUCUAGAAAGCCCAGCAAGUGAUCGGAGCUCCAUGCUGUCACGGCUACGCUGAGCGCCGGGGUCGAGUCCUCCCCGAUCCCAGAUGCAGCAGCCGUGGGUCUGGCCUGUCUCCUCGGCCGGCAUUGAACUUGGACUCCGUGGUUGUAUGUGUUGGGCACCUGGGAAAACCCACUGUGUUUGUAAAGCACUUGCGUUUGCCCAGUGGGCCCGCACGGACCUGUGCCCUGCGGGCAGCCGGCGCCUGGGAGCCCCGUGUCUGCUUCACGACAGGUACGACAGGGACCCCACAGCCUGCCUCCCGGCCCCCCCGGGCCCCUUCGUGGAUCAUGAAAGAUAUGAUUUUUCUUUUCCUACACGUGAGCCUGCCUUCCCCUUUAGAAAAAUAUCCCCUCUCCCGUGUGGACAACACAGGAUGAGUCCCCUGGAACCGCUCUCCUGGGCGGGAUCUUUGAGUCUUGCCAAAUGUCCUCCUGCAGAGCCUGCCAGCUUCACAUCAAAACCCUCCGUUUGCGUGGCCCUGUGUGGCUGUGGGAUCUGAAUCCCACCACCGUCUCCCACGGUGCCCUGGGAGGGGUGGCCAGGGCCCCGUCGGGGGCUGCACCGAAGUGACCACGGGAAGCCCCGUUCUGCCCCGAGUUCGUGCCUCUGCCUGCCCACACAUCCUCCGUGGCCUCUCGCCGUGGCUGCCCUUCCAGUGUGGACCGUGCCGACUCAGUACCUCUGGGUGUCUGGGAUGCUCGCAGACGUGAGGGGCACCGUCACCCAACACCGAACAAGUGCAAUUAACAUGAGCUCGGGCCUCGGUCCUUCCGGAAGCCUCCGGGGCCCAGCUCAGGGGGGGGGGGCCUGGCAAGGCAGCCUCCCAGGACGAGGAAACUGUCCAGUCGAAUGUCGCCCCUUCACAUGCAAGACCACAGCCAAACCGCAGAACCACUGUGCGCCCCAGGGUUCCCAGCUGCUCCCGCCGUGCGGCCAGGCCGGGGACGGUGGCAGGGACCCUCUGCAUCCUCCCCGCCCACGGGUGUUCCCACCCGAGCAUCAGAAUAAAUUGUGCCAUUUUUGUACCCGC